AAAAUCUUUCCAACUUUAUAAACGUGGCAAUUCCGACAGUCUCUCCUCAAAAGGCGAGGAACACUCUCAGUCAAAGCAUCACCCGCGGCUUAUUUUGUUCGAUAAAUACACCCAGUCUCGCCGGAAUUAACCGGCCUUCAUCAGCUCUGCUGUAACUCUACUUUUUCUCUGCUGCCAAUUUCUCAGGUUACUGUUUCUUCCGAUCUCUCAUUACAAAUAAAAAGCUUUUAGGAGAGUACAAUUUGUUCUAGUGGCUAUUGUAACCUGCAGUUUGGUAUGAAAACAUAUACAAACACGAGUUGUUGAUGAGAGAAGCUAAAUCAUGGAGGAAUUUAUGGAAAAGACAUCUCCAUUUUGAUUGGGGACGUUAUGGAAUGAAGAUGAAACCGUUCAUGGGAGUUGCAUUUAUCGUAAUGCUGUAUAUUGUGUAUAGAACCACAAAUUAUCAGUAUCUCCAAACAGAGCUGGACUCGAGAUUUGAUUCACUGUAUUCAUCAAAGGACUAUGCAAUAUCCCAUACAAGUUUAAAAGGUUUACCUCGUGGUAUUAUUGAAGCUAAAUCUGACUUGGAGUUAAAGCCCUUAUGGUCUACAACUAGUUCACAAUCGAAGGGUGAUGUUUCCAGUACACAUAAUUUGCUGGCCGUUCCGGUGGGUCUCAAGCAAAAGCGUAAUGUUAAUACUAUUGUUCAAAAGUUUCUCAAAGAAAAUUUUACAGUUAUCUUAUUCCAUUACGAUGGAAAGGUCGAUGGCUGGCGGGAUCUUGAUUGGCAUAACAAGGUCAUACAUAUUGUAGCUCAGAACCAAACCAAGUGGUGGUUUGCGAAACGAUUUCUGCAUCCUGCUGCUGUUUCUAUUUAUGAUUAUAUAUUUCUCUGGGACGAAGACCUAGGAGUGCAGCAUUUUAAUCCCAGAAGGUAUUUGAAUAUUGUUAAGGCAGAAGGACUUGAAAUAUCACAGCCAGCUUUAGAUCCAAAUUCAACUGAUAUACAUCAUCGGAUCACAAUUCGAAAGAGAACGAAUAAGUUUCAUAGGAGGGUGUAUGACAGCAGAGGGAGUGUGAAAUGUUCAGAUGAUAGUGAGGGUCCACCAUGUUCUGGAUUUGUAGAAGGAAUGGUCCCAGUUUUCUCAAGAGCUGCGUGGCAUUGUGCUUGGCAUCUUAUUCAGAAUGACCUUGUUCAUGGAUGGGGAAUGGAUAUGAAACUUGGCUAUUGUGCACAGGGCGACAGGUCGAAGAAAGUCGGAGUUGUUGAUAGUGAAUUUAUCGUGCAUCAAGGAAUACAAACAUUAGGCGGGGCUUCUGUUAAAAAGACUUCUAAUAAUGCGGAUUUAUCAAAGAAACAUACUGCUGUUGAUGUUCGAGCUGAGAUAAGGAGACAAUCAACAACUGAGCUUCAAAUAUUCAAAAAACGAUGGGAAAAGGCCGUGAAAGAGGACACAUGGUGGGUGGAUCCUUUCUAUAGACGAAAACAAAUACAAACCUAGGGUCUGUGACUUGGGUGUUAGUUUUGACCGUGUGAUUCAUUUAGAUUAGUCGUGUCGUUAUAUGAUAUUUAUUUUUUCACAUGAAAUCACUAGAUCAUUGUGAAAGCCCAUUUGACAUCACCAUCAACUCAUGGUUUGGACAUUAAAGGACUCUUUUGAGGUUGAUUCAACAGUAAAUGUUCACUUUCUAGAUCUUUGUAUGAUAUAAAUGUAAGAUGGGAGGUAAUGCAUGUUGGAUGUGGAGGUGGAUUGGUUAA